AUGAGCCGAGACUACUACUUCAACCACCACCCACUCCAUCACCACACGACUGCAUUUUCCACACCGCUGCAAACCAUGUACUGGAACGGCGUAUACUAUCCCAACUGGCGUAUCUAUCGCGAGCAGCCGCCCGUCUCGUUGAACUACGACGUCAUUUCGCAUGUCUUUUAUGCAUUUGCAUGGGUUAAAGAGGAUGGAACAGUAUACUUGAGCGAUGAAUGGGCGGAUGCACAGAUUGAUGUUCCGGGCAUCGACGACAUCCCUGCAACAAAGGGUUGUUUAAACUCGUUUGCACUUCUUAAGAAGAAGUAUACGAGACUGCGGGUAGUGCUUUCGGUCGGUGGUGGCGGCAAAGGUAGUGAGCCGUUUGCGGGCGUGGCUCGAGACCCAGCUUGCCGUGAGCGCUUUGCACAGUCAUCCCUGGCUUUAGUACAGCAAUUCGGUAUCGAUGGAAUUGACAUCGACUGGGAGCACCCGGCCGAUGCCAGCCAAGGCCAAGACUACAUCGCUCUCCUAGCCACAAUCCGACAAUACCUCCCAGCACCCCAAUACACCCUAUCCUCGGCCCUUCCCGCGGGCGAAUGGGCCCUCCAGCACAUCAACCUAGGCUACGCCUCGCAAUACCUCGACCUAGUCAACCUCAUGGCAUACGACUACUCGGGACCCUGGGUCAGCAAAUGCGGGCACCAAGCUCAACUCUUCACCCCGCCCGUGCCGCACUGCCCCGAAGCCGCAAUCUCCUGCCACUCAGCCGUCUCCUACAUGGUCAACCAGGGCGUGCCCCGCCACAAAAUCGUCAUGGGCGUCCCGGCCUACGGCCGCAGUUUCACGGGUACCCGCGGUAUCGGGCAUCCGUUUGAGGGGCAGGCCGGCGAAGAAGGCACGUUUGAGUAUCGCGACUUGCCAAGGCCUGGCGCCCAGGAGCAUGUCGAUGAGCAGCUGGGUGCGGCGUAUUGUGUUGGAGGCGAUGGCGGGUUGGUUACGUAUGAUACGCCGCAGACGGUUAGGAUGAAGGCGAAUUAUGUGCGCCAGAAUGGGCUGGGGGGCUUGUUUUACUGGACGGGGACGGGAGAUGUGAGUUCGAUUACGCAAAAGGAUCGGAGUCUGGUGUAUAAUGGCUUUCUUGCUUUGUUUGGACAGUAG